AUGUACAUGACGUCAAGAAACUUGUCACGUAAAGCACAUUCGUGUCUGACGCUGUCUAUCCGCCUUAAGCGUGUGGCUAAAUUGCAACAGCAGGCAGAGGAACAGAGAAAAAAGCAACAGCAGCAACAGCAGCAACAACAACAGCAAGCAUCGGAAAAACGUGCAACGGCAUCUCCUCUUCAACCUCUUCCAUCUAUUGAACCUGAAAUCUAUAAAAGACCCGUCAAGGUACCAGUUUCAGCAGCAUCUACUUCUUCUGCCCCUAUACAGAAACCUACUUCUCCUGCUCCUACUCCCGUACAACCUACCGUUACAAAGCCCAUCAGUUCACCAAAGACAUUCGAGGACUGGCAGAAUGAUGUGUUGUCUCGUAUCCUUCAAGUGACGUUAGAUUCAGAAGCUAUUCAUAAACAAGGAGGAUGUAUAUACCUUGAAGGAAUGGUUGCCGAAUUAGAAGAAGAAGAAGAGCCUAAGCCUUUUAAGCUAAGCCAAGCAUUGAUGGAUCGAAUUCUUGUUGCUCGCCUUUCAUUGGAUCCUAAUGAGACUUAUCCCAACCUCCCACAAAAUGUUCAACAGGACUUGAAGAUCUCACACUUUGAUUAUUUACUCAAUUGCUGGAAAAGGGCUCAAGAUAUCAAACGCAAUACUCUGACAAGAAGCAAGAAUCUUGAAAAGACUGUUCUGGAUAAGCGUUUAUCAGUGUUGGACAGUGUGAAGCUCUUGUUGGUGUCUUAUUCUGGACUUGUGUUGCAAAUUCCAGAUAUGUUUCCACAAAUUGAGACUCAACAACCCUUGGGUCCAUCACAACUCGUUUCAAGAUUAUUGGCACAGCCUGAUACAGCUCAAGGUCUGCCUACAGAAUAUCUCUCAGAGCUGAUUAAUCGGUUUACAGAUGACGGCUUGGAUACGAUCUUAGGUACUCCUUUAGCAAUGAUUUCGGACCAAGUACGAAGGAUUUCUAUUCUUGAUAAUUUCAAGCCCUUUAUUCAGUCGCUGUCUUUUUUGUGCGAGAAUAAAUCUGUGCCUACUGUGCUUCCUACACUUCCUGAAUUUGAUCCUGAGACUGCAACCGCUCGAACCAUCGAAGAACUUUCUUUACUUGGUCCUUAUUUCAAGCUUAGUGCUUACCCAGGAAGUGCACCAAAGGUUGCCGAAAGUUUGUUCCAAAAUGCAGAAAGUAGAAACUCGGGCGAUAUUGAAUCUUGCAAGAAUGGUGUCCGUGGUACUAUCCAGAACAUCCAGAGAUCUCUCUUUGGUAUAUCUAGUUCCAUUGUUCGUGCUUCUACAACAUCGCGCGAAGGAUUAUUGGUGUACUUUUCUCACAUAAUCAGAUUGAACCAGAAGCGCGCACAGAUACAGGUUGACCCACAGACAGUUGCAACUGAUGGAUUUAUGCAUAAUUUGGCUGCUAUCAUGCUGGCAUUUUCAGAUCCCUUCCUAGACGUUGGUGCAUCGAAAGUUGAUAAAAUUGAUACAUCAUAUUUCCGUACCAGCAAACGAAUUGAUAUUAAAGAAGACACAAAAAUCAAUGCUACCGAGGAGCAGUCGGAUGCUUACUACAAUGCUGCCAUCCCGAAUAAAUCCCACAACUUCAUUACCGAGGCCUUUUACAUCACCUUGGCAGCUAUGCACUACGGACCCAUUCGAUCUCUUGUGAACUAUAAUGAAUUGAUUAGAGAAUACAAUGAGGCCAAAAAGCAUCACGAAAGAGCUCAGCAAGAUGCUGUUCGUUUGACAAACAACACCCAACGUGUAAUGCAAGACUUUGUUGCAAAGAGACUCAAGGCAAACUUGGAAACAAUGACAAUGCACAAGCUUGCUUAUGAAUCAAUGGUACUUGAUCCUGAAUUCUUGACUCAAACUAUGCGCUUCUACAACCUGGUUAUGGCUUGGAUGGUUCGUAUGGUAGAUCCUGUACAUCAGCACCCAUGGAACCCAAUCAAGCUACCUCUUCCAAAGGAUAUUCCUGAUACAUUUUCCAUGUUGCCAGAAUGGAUUGUGGAAGAUAUUGUAGAAUUCUUUAUUUUUGUUGGAAAGUUUGGAUAUGAUACCCAAGUGAUUAAGAUGAACCCUCAGACGGAGUUGGUUACAUUUAUCAUUACAUUCUUAAGAAACACAAAGUAUAUCAAGAAUCCUUACCUGAAAGCCAAGUUUGUAGAGAUCUUGUUCUUCUAUACAUAUCCUAUUGCCAAGGGAGUGCCUGGAGAACUCGAAGCCAUGUUAAAUUCACACCCAUUGGCUCUAGAGCACCUUGUCCCAUCUCUCAUGACAUUCUAUGUUGAGGUGGAACAGACAGGAGCAAGUUCGCAGUUUUAUGACAAGUUCAACAUUAGAUACAAUAUUAGUCAUGUAAUGAAGACCAUCUGGAGCCAUCCUGCUCAUCGUGCCAAGUUGAGAGAAGAAAGCAGAAAUACAGAUGUUUUCACACGUUUUGUCAACAUGUUGAUGAGCGAUGUGACAUAUUUGCUUGAUGAAAGUUUGAGCAAGUUGGCAGAAAUUCAUCAGAUUCAAACAGAAAUGGAAGAUAGUGCCACCUGGGAUGCACAACCCGAUCAACAAAGACAAGAACGCGAGGGCCAGUUCAGAUCACUGGAACGACAGGCUCAGUCAUACGUUUCGUUGGGUAACGAGACAGUCAACAUGUUGACUUAUUUGACAGCUGAGGUGGUUGAGCCCUUUUUGGUCAAUGAGAUUGUCGAUCGUCUGGCAGCAAUGUUGGACUAUAACCUUUCUCAACUAGUUGGUCCCAAAUGCACUGGACUCAAUGUUAAGAACCGUAAAAAGUAUCAUUUUGAACCUCGCGCUCUUUUGUCUCAAAUCAUCGACAUCUACCUCAAUCUGAAUAGCCAAACAUUUAUUGAGGCUAUUGCACGUGACGGACGAUCGUAUCGUAAAGAGUAUUUCUCAAAGGCAGCCUCGAUCCUAUUGAAGCACGGAUUAAAACAGACAGACGAUAUUGCCGCACUUGAGUUAAUUGUGCGCAAGGUUGAGGAGGCUGUACGCAGUGGAGCAGAAGAAGAGGAGGAGUUGGGCGAUGUGCCAGAUGAGUACCUGGAUCCUUUGUUCUUUACAUUGAUGGAGGAUCCAGUCGUACUUCCAACCUCGGGUGUGAUUGUGGAUCGCAGUACGAUCAGAGCUCAUUUGUUAGGCGAUACUCGAGAUCCCUUUAACAGAACACCUUUGUCUAUGGAUAUGGUCCAGCCAGCUACCGAGCUAAAGGAACAGAUCCAACGCUGGAAAGAAGAACAAAAGCAGAAACGAGAAGAUGAAAAGAAUAAGAUGGAUACUGAUGCCUAAGAAAAAGAUAUAUAUAUAUAUAUAUUAAAUAAUAAUACUUACUUCUUUAGCUGUAUCUUUCUUUUCCUUCCAACUAAAUACACUCAUCUCAACCCUUACCCACCAACAAGCAAAUAAAUCAAACAAAACGUAAAACAUGAAUAAAAUCAAACAAAACGAAACUUUUUUUUUGUUUUUUUUUUUGG